AUGACAACGGAAACGAAGUGUAGGGCACAGAAGGAUAAAAACUGCAACCAGACAUGGACCAAGCGGAUAGACAAGAGUUGGCGGGGCCCCUAUCCGCCAUAUCGCGACGUCCUCAACGGGGAAAGCAACCACUGGACCUAUCACCCCGAAUAUUUCAACAGAGCGUCCAUAGCAGAAGUGCCGAAGACGGUGCUCUUUGAGGAAAGAGAGGUAGAAUCGAUUUCCACCUGCGCCAGAGGCCUGUGCACCACUGCGACCAAGGAAAUGAACCGCCUGAAUCCGGCCAUUUUGCUCUUUCGACAACGACGCAUGCGAGCGCUGAUGCUGGAGGACGAAAAGGAAAUAAACAAACUCCUGUCAAAAACGGGUCUGGCUUUCGGCUCUUCUCAUGUGUUGAGAGAGCGUGAGUCCUUUUGA